GAGGCUCGCGAUGGGGAAGAAGUCGCGGGCGGUCCCCGGCCGGAGGCCCAUCCUGCAGCUCUCCCCGCCCGGACCUCGGAGCGGCGCCGCUGGGCGCGACGCGGAGCCUGAAGCUGAGGUGGAGGUUGACGCGGCGGUAUCCGCCCCGGCUGCGAUCCCGACCCCUACCGCGACCCCAAUUCCGGCCCCAGCCCAGACCCCGGCUCCGGUUCCGGCUCCGGCCCCUGCUCCGGUUCCGACCCCGAUCCCGACCCCGGCCCCGGCCCCAGUCCCAGUCUCUGCCCCGGCGGCGGCGACGGCGGCUACCGUGGCGACCUCCCUGGAGGACUUGCCCUCGGAAGAUGAACAGGAAGUUGUUAUGGAGGUUCCUAAAGUUAUUGUUCAGAAUCCCCCAAAACCAGUCAUGACGACCAGACCUACCACUGUCAAAGCAACAGGAGGCUUGUGCUUGCUUGGUGCCUAUGCAGACAGUGACGAUGAUGAGGGUGAUGUACCUGAGAAACCAGCCUUGACUAAGGAGGCAAAUGGAAACCAAUCCACUGACAUCGACAGCACAUUGGCCAACUUCCUAGCGGAAAUUGAUGCCAUAACAGCUCCACAGCCUGUAUCAGCUGUUAGCACUUCUGCCCCACCUCCAACCCCUCCUCGACCAGAGCCCAAGGAGUCUGGAACAGCUUCCCUUUCUUCAUCAACUGCAAAUGGAGCAGACUCAGCCCAAGCAUCAGGGUGGCAAUAUGACACCCAGUGUUCCUUGGCUGGAGUGGAAAUUGAGAUGGGAGACUGGCAAGAAGUUUGGGAUGAGAACACUGGAUGCUAUUACUAUUGGAACACACAGACAAAUGAGGUGACUUGGGAGUUACCCCAGUACCUGGCUACUCAGGUACAAGGGCUACAGCAUUACCAGCAAAGUUCUGUAACAGGUACUGAAACAAAUUUCCUUGUGCCGGCCGAUAUGUAUUCCAAAGAAAAGGCUCUUUCUGUUACCACUAAUAAGAGUGGGCCACUCUUGGCUAAGCGAGAAGUUAAAAAGGAAGUAAAUGAAGGGAUCCAAGCUCUUUCAAAUAGUGAAGAGGAGAAGAAGGGGGUGGCUGCUGCUCUGCUGGCCCCUUUGUUGCCUGAGGGUGUAAAAGAGGAAGAAGAAAGAUGGAGGAGAAAGGUGAUUUGUCAAGAAGUCGAUCCAAUAACAGAUGUAAAGGAGACAGUAACCACAGAGGAAUUGUCAGGGACAAGAAAAACACAAGACCCUAUGGGAGAUAAUCCAGAAGACAAUUCCCAGGAGGAUCUCUGUAGUGUUGUGCAGUCAGGAGAGAGUGAAGAAGAAGAAGAACAAGACACCCUAGAACUAGAACUUGUAUUGGAGAGAAAAAAGGCAGAACUGCGGGCCUUGGAGGAAGGAGAUGGUAGUGUGUCAGGGUCUAGUCCACGUUCUGAUAUCAGUCAAUCAGCAUCUCAAGAUGGAAUGCGUAGACUUAUGUCUAAAAGAGGGAAAUGGAAGAUGUUUGUCCGAGCUACCAGUCCAGAAUCUACCAGUCGGAGUUCUAGCAAAACUGGCCGUGAGACCCCAGAAAAUGGAGAAAUUGCAAUGGGCACUGAGAAUUCAGAGAAAAUUGAUGAAAAUUCAGACAAAGAGCUAGAAGCAGAAGAAUCUCCAGAAAAACUAAAGUCACAAGCAGUGCCAAAGCUGGAUGAAGAACAGGAUUUGAAAUUUCAGAUUGGAGAACUGGCAAACACCCUGACCAGUAAGCUGGAAUUCCUAGGAAUUAGUAGACAAUCCAUCUCCAAUUUUCAUGUGCUACUCUUACAGACUGAGACUCGGAUUGCAGACUGGCGGGAAGGCGCUCUCAACGGAAACUACCUCAAACGAAAACUACAGGAUGCAGCAGAACAACUAAAACAGUAUGAAAUAAACGCCACUCCUAAAGGCUGGUCCUGCCACUGGGACAGGGAUCAUAGGCGCUAUUUCUAUGUAAAUGAACACUCGGGCGAGUCUCAGUGGGAGUUCCCAGAUGGUGAAGAAGAAGACGAUGAUGAAGAAGAAGAAGAAGAAGGGCAAGCACAAGAAAAUAGAGCAGAUCCUCUUCAUAAACAAAUCUUAAAAGAGAAAACUGGCACUGAUGCAAACUCUGGGGAAUCCACUGAGAAUUCCACAGGUAAAGAAGGUUCUCUUUGUAAAGAGCCCUUUUCUGGUCAAGUCUCUUCUGCAUCACUCGUGCCACUUACUCCAUUUUGGACCCUCCUUCAAUCCAAUGUUCCUGUGCUUCAGCCUCCAUUACCCUUGGAAAUGCCACCCCCACCCCCACCUCCUCCAGAGUCACCUCCUCCCCCACCCCCACCUCCUCCUGGAGAAGAUGGUGAGAUUCAGGAGGUAGAAAUGGAGGAUGAGGAAAAUGAAGAGCCUCCUGCCCCAGGAACUGAGGAAGAUACUCCCUUAAAGCCCUCGGUACCAAAUCCAGCUGUCAGCAGCCAGAGUUCAGCUGAUUCCAGCACUUCCAACACGACCACUACCACUAGAGCAGUAAAAAGGAAAGCCACAGAAACCAAUCCUGGAGUGACCCAGAGGUCAGCCACCAUUGGGGGAUCUCCCGUUCUCUACAGCCAGCCAGCCGUGACAACAGGUCACCAAACCGUAAAUGUCAGCCACCAACCAGCCUCUGAUGUCACUCAUCAAACAACAAGUGUCAGUCAUCAAGCUACAGGCCUAGGCCUACAAUCAAGUUACCUGGGACUGGCCACAUCCCCUGCCAUCAUGUCUUACACUGAGUGUACUUUACCCAUUCGAAUGACUGUUCCCACAUUACAGUCAGUUCCAGCUCGUGGCAUACUGAGCACAGCUGGCAUUGCAGAGCCACCACCUCCCCCUGCUCCCAAAGUUCCACCGCCUGAGAAGACCAAAAAGAUGAAGAAGGACAAGGGGAAGAAGAGUAAAACAAAAAUGCCAUCUCUGGUAAAGAAGUGGCAGAGUAUCCAGCGUGAAUUAGAUGAAGAGGAAAAUUCAAGCUCCAGUGAUGAAGAUCGGGAGCUGACAUCACAGAAGCGAAUUGAGGAGUGGAAACAGCAACAAUUAGUCAGUGGCAUGGCCGAAAGAAAUGCUAACUUUGAGGCCCUUCCUGAGGAUUGGCGGGCUCGACUAAAGAGGAGAAAAACGACUUCAAACACAUAAUUCAUUUGGGGCAUUUGUGUUUUAUUUUCAUGUACAGUUACGAGUCUUACCAUUUUACUGUUGUCAAAUAAACUGUAAAUGUUUUGGGAGAGAGCAUUGAAUUUCCUGGGUUGAUAAAGACCACAUGCAAAACCAAGAUUUUCCUCCUUUUUGAGGAUUGGAAUCAUAAUGGCCACUGUUAAAGGGCUAGGCCCUUUUUGUGCUGGCUAGUUCCGCCUUUUUGUGGAGGCUAACAGACUUCAUCAGUUUGAGCUGAGGCUGAGAAGCAGUAUUAGGAUCACAGCCUUAAUAGGGUGUGAAGGAAAUGCCAGGCUGGGGGGGGAAGGGGGUCUGAGGGUUCAUCCAGAUUGAUGCCCUUGACCACUUAGCCCCAACAAGUGCAAUUAAGCAGAAGGCAACAACUCUCCUUUUUUCCAAAAAGCUCGUUACAUGCUUAUAACUUAGGGGUUAUCCUAGCCUGUGCUUCCAGCCUCGGGCUGCCUGCCACCCAUGUUCUCCAAUACCAAGGUCUGAUAUUUCUCCCAUACUGACAAGUGGCUGCACAGUAUCCACAGAUUCUAGCAUUGAAUGUGCUCCUCUCACUCGGGCGCUUUGGUGGAGGUCGACUUAGGCUUUCACAUAAGCAGCAACAAAUGCCAUUUACUUUCUUGGGUAAAGAAAGAUGGAUUUCUUAGCCCAUUGCUCUUAGCAGAGUGAGUGGGUCAGGAGCAACCAAGUCCAGAUUCAAGUGUCUGUGUCUCCAUUUCACCCAGCUCUCACACGUACCUUCCUUCUGUCUCUGCAUUGUACUUGCUCUCAGUAAAGAUUCCAGUAUUUAAACAGCGGUUCCCUGUUCUUUCUGUAUUUUGUAUUUUAUCACAAUCAGGUAAAAGUCACUUUCUUUAAACUGAAGGAAAAGCAAAUUGUGUUUUAAAGCUGUUUGUAUUUCUCCAGUUUUUGACUUUGUAAAUUUGUAUAUAUGCACUAAUAAAAUCUUUUUAUACUUCU